AACGCGAAGAGGAAGAAGAAGAAGACUACAAUGACCACAAUCCACCGCGGCAGCUGCGUCCUCGUUUGCGUGCCUUCGCAGCACAGGAGACAUUGCACUGUGCCAUCGUGCAGCCGGCCUCGGCGUUAGUGAUAGUGUGUGUUGCAGGGUGAUUCAUGAUGGCGGAGCAGCCUCUGUGGGAGCAGAUAGGAUCCAGCUUCGUGCAGCACUACUACCAGAUGUUUGACUCUGACAGAUCACAGCUCGGAUCAAUAUAUAUCGACACGUCAUGCCUUACAUGGGAAGGACAGCCCUACCAGGGAAAAAUAGCAAUUGUCGAGAAGCUCACUAGUCUUCCCUUCACAAAAAUAGCGCAUAGUAUAACAGCGCAGGACCACCAGCCAACUCCAGACAACUGCAUCUUGAGUAUGGUCGUAGGACAGCUAAAAGCAGAUGAAGACCCCAUCAUGGGUUUCCAUCAGAGUUUCAUCCUGAAGAACAUUAAUGAUGCCUGGGUGUGCACCAAUGACAUGUUCAGGCUAGCCAUCCACAACUUUGGUUAAGUUGCCUCUCCACGCCGGCAGGCAGGGGCAGCCGCAGCAGAGGGUCGCUGUGAGACGAAGCGUUGGAGGAGGAGGUGAGGAAGCACUCCUCCCUCCCGCCGUCUCACUUAGGCCUGUUUGACAAACAAGCAAACACCGGAUUCUAGAUGUCUAUCACAGAACCCUGUCCAGGUGGGUUUCUUUUCCUCCGACCAGCCUGGCAAAGUAGAACUGCAACGCGUCUCUUCGCUGAGAGCCGGCUGACCAAUCAGACGCCCCUGUCUGCCACUCUGCUGAUCUGCAUGACGCUGGGAGAUCCUCAGUACAAUAUCUACACUCAAGCCACCAGAAGGACAAACAUCCCAUCGAUGCCAUUAACUCGUGCUCUGUUUUGCUCUGCUUUGAUUCUAACCCGUUUUGCUCCGCUAUUGACUCGGUUCUGUUAGCACUGCUGUUGACUGUGGAUCCAUGUUCCGGUUCAGACGCAUUGUGUUAUUUGUUUUACGACGCCUCUCAUGUGUUGACCUUAGCUCUUCUUGGUGUGUUGAGUUUAGUUUUCUCCCCUCUAAGCAUGAUUCAUGCUCUGAUGCCAGGUUUAGCUGUUGCAAACCAACGGAUGUUGGAGGACAAACAUUCACCUUCUUUUCUUCCUUUCUUGUCUUUCCCACAUCUGGCAGUUAACAAGGACUACAGCCACGAUACACAAUAAAACCUGGACAUUUUUCUUAA